GGGCUGUAGUCCUGUCAAGCGGAAGAUCCCGCCCCCAACGGGGUUUCCUAGGCUGCUGGCACGGGGUCUCUUCCUUUCUGUCCGACAUCUUUGAAGGAGCAGCAGCAUGCCGCCUAAAGACGAUAAGAAGAAGAAAGAUGCGGGCAAGUCCGCCAAGAAGGACAAAGACCCCGUCAACAAGUCUGGGGGCAAGGCCAAAAAGAAGAAGUGGUCCAAGGGGAAAGUGAGGGACAAGCUGAACAAUCUAGUGCUGUUUGACAAGGCCACAUACGACAAGCUGUGCAAAGAAGUCCCCAACUACAAGCUCAUCACUCCCGCUGUGGUGUCUGAGAGGCUAAAGAUCAGGGGGUCACUGGCCAGAGCUGCCCUCCAGGAGCUACUAAACAAAGGCCUAAUUAAGCUGGUAUCCAAACACAGAGCCCAGGUUAUCUACACUAGAAAUACCAAGGGAGGUGACGCACCACCAGGAACUGAGGAAGCAUAAGCAGGACCUGGAUCGGGAGCAGACAGAUUUUCUAUGUAAAUGACGUAAUGGAAAUAAACCGUUCUGAUCUA